AUGUUUCUUUCCCUCAUCGUCUCCUCGCUGGCAAUCCUCUUUGCUGGGUCAACUGUCAGUGCAAAGGAUGUGCAUUUCGACUGGAAUAUUACUUGGACGACAGCAAAUCCCGAUGGAUUACAAGCCCGUCCUGUAAUCGGGAUCAACAACCAAUGGCCGCUACCAGUCAUCAACAUCACAAAAGGCGAUAGAAUCAUCGCAAAAGUGACAAAUCAAUUGGGAAACCAGUCAACUACCAUCCAUUGGCAUGGCAUGUACCAAAAUGGAACAAAUUUCAUGGAUGGGCCUGCUAUGGUAACACAAUGCAACAUCCCUACUGGCGCCUCCAUCACAUACAACUUCACGGCCGACCAAGUUGGGACUUACUGGUAUCACUCUCACACAAGAGCUCAGUACCCAGAUGGUCUUCGACAAGCUCUCAUCAUCCAAGACCCAAAGAGUCCAUAUGCCGGUGAAUAUCACGAGGAACGCCUCAUCACGCUCUCAGAUUGGUAUCAUGACGAAAUGCCAGAUCUCAUGAAACAAUUCGUCUCCUACAAGAACCCCACCGGCGCUGAACCUGUUCCAAACUCAGCACUUAUGAAUGAUACACAAAACAUGACUCUCCCUGUUGAGCCUGGUAAAACUUACCUUUUACGUUUGGUGAACGUGGGUGCUUUUGCGUCUCAGUACUUCUGGAUCGAAGGGCAUACGAUGAAGAUCGUUGAAGUUGAUGGCGUCUGGACGAAGCCUGCUGAGACGGAUAUGAUUUACAUUGCUGGUGCUCAGCGAUACGCUGUUUUGGUUACGAUGAAGAAUGAGACUGGAGCGAAUUACCCGAUGAUGGCUAGUAUGGAUACGUCUCUUUUCGACUCCAUUCCUGCUGGCCUCAACUGGAAUGUCACAGGAUGGCUUGAGUACGAUUCCGACAAGAAGCUUCCCCCAGCUGCUGUCUUAAAUGACUUUGAACCUUACGAUGACUUCAAGCUGGUUCCCACAGACGGCGAGAAGUUAUUAGAAAAGGCCGAUCACACGAUUACUUUGGAUCUAAAGAUGGAUAAUCUCGGAGACGGAGCGAACUAUGCCUUCUUCAACGACAUUUCCUACGUAUCUCCCAAGGUCCCAACUUUAUAUACCGUUCUCUCCGCAGGUGAAAAUGCAACUAAUCCCACUGUCUAUGGAACUGACACAAAUUCCUUCGUACUCAAACACGGCGAGAUUGUUGAAUUGGUUCUCAACAACGAUGACUCUGGAAGACAUCCUUUUCAUCUUCACGGUCAAACAUUCCAGGUCGUGCAUCGCAGUGAAGAAAACGCGGGCCAUUAUAACGCAUCGUGGACUAAUAUCACAUAUCCCUCGGUGCCUAUGAGAAGAGAUACACUAUUAGUAUAUCCUCAAGGAAAUUUCGUCAUACGCUUCUGGGCCACCAACCCCGGUGUUUGGCUCUUCCAUUGCCACAUCGAAUGGCACAUGGACUCCGGCCUUAUUGCAACAAUGAUUGAAUCGCCACUCGAGCUGCAAAAAACUUUGACGAUUCCAGAGGAACACAAGCAGAUCUGCACGGAUCAGAGUAUUUCGACUGUUGGUAAUGCAGCUGGUAACACGAAAGACUAUUUGGACUUGACGGGGCAGAACAUGAUGGUACCUCCUCUACUAGCAGGGUUUACCACGAAAGGUUACGUCGCCAUGGUGUUUAGCUGUGUGGCAGGCGUUCUUGGCCUCGCUUCGAUUACUUUGUAUGGCUCUGCACCCAUUGCAGCCAAGUAA